AUGAUGGUUUGGAUGGCGAUUAAAUUCGGUGAGCGGCCUGUCUGGCGGUCAACAUCCGACAACAUCAACAGCAAGGUGUUCAUUGCAAUUGUCAAGGAUGCUUUCGGCUACAACGGCAUAAGUCGGCGCCGAAUGGAUACUGUUAUUUUGCAGGACAAUGCACCUGUCCACCGCUCUAAAGAGGUACGAAUUUGAUGCCGCUUGCAAACAUAAUCUAACAUUUUAGACAACAACCACGCUCUCCGCAAUUGGCCUCCAAUCCAUUUUCAUCCCGGCGAACAAUCCCGACCUUAAUCCAAUCGAAAAUCUUUUUGGAAUAGUCAAAAGAAAUUGGCACAAAGCUAAGAAGACUCUUUCAAUGCAGGAAAAAUUGGAUUUCAUACUCAAUAAUUACAUUUUACAAUCCACCAUAGAUAACCUUGUCAUGUCUAUGUCGGACAGACUUUCUGCUGUUAUUAAUUCGAAUGGACAAUCUACAAAGUACUAAUUUUUUGUAUCUGUUUCUGUCCUUAAUUAUUUUUGACCUUUUAUGCGCCCUCCUCCUUUAUACGUCCUCAUACGUAGCCUUUAUUAACUUAGUUGUAAUAUAGGCGUUUCUCGAAAAUGUGACUUUUGUCGAAAAUUAUUUAUUUUUAUCUCAGUAAAUAAUAUUUUCUUAACCAAACUUUGCUUUAUUUCUUUGGCACAUCGUUUAUUUUCCGCUAUCAGACUUUGGGAGCCGUAGUGUUUACCGAUUUUGCGUUAAAGGCGUUAACCUGUGUUAAUUCGUGACAUUUCAUGAGUUAGCACAGGUACUGUACGUGACAGUAACUGAGGAAUGAAGACGUCAAGGCAAUCAUUCCAGAAAGCAUACAAGGAACUAAAGCAAAGGACUUGGAUUAUCAGCCAAAUUCAGAUAACAGUGGCAGAGUGUAAUCUGGCUGUAUGAUUAAGAACCCGCCUACCUGUUUGAACGUAUAUUGGCAAUCCCAGCUAUCAUAUAAUUGCGGGAAUAACAUCCACCUGUAAUUUGAACUUGAUCUAACCCCGGUUUUUCCAUACACCGGCGGCCCCUUCACAACAAAGGAAAUUCCUUCCGAACAUUAGUACAUUUGGAUGAUUCGCCGUGUCUGUUGUUGUAACUUGGUGCCGAUCCGUCUCGAAAUGACGGUGGUUAAUAUCCAUAAUAUCGACCGUUGCGGAAUGAUUCAGUAGGACGGGAAUGUCACUGCGGUUGACGUCUUUCAGUGCUCCAUCCCUAUCAUGCCACUGCAUAUUCGUAUCUAUGGACCUUAAUAAAUAGAAGACGGUGUGCGUAAGACGACAGAAGUCACUCUCUUGAAAGUUAUUGAUGAGGAUAACCAUGACUCUUACGGCUAGGUGAUCGGACGUUUUUUCGCUCGUCAAGCAUGGAGGGUGGAAGUCGUUGCACGGAUGGAUGAAGUGACUGUGCCCCAACAAAUGGGCCACUUGGUAGAGGCGCUAGACCAAAUACGGGGGUAUGUCGGAUUCUGGCAGGCGUUAUCGGAUUUCGCACCAUAACAAAUGUCAACAUUUCGGGGUGCGGUGGCAGAAUCGGUAGGCGGGUGCGGGCUCGAUCAUGCCCACCCUGCGCCCUCCCCGUCCCUUGCCUUCUAGACUCUGUCUUGGCGUCGGGUCCCGACGGAGCGUGGGGAAUAGAGAGCGUGGUAGAUGCUGCGCAAGUAUGCCACCAUUACAAACUAAUUCAAUCGUAAGUCACCGUCCCUGCUCCCCUUUACCGUGGAGCACACGGUGGACGUCGUCAAAGUGGACGGACAAACUAUCAGAAGCAAUGACUACGCGAAGAAUGCGGUGUCGAGUUCCCUCAACGACCAACACACAUAGGCAGUUCACGAUGAUUCCCCAUUUACCCACAGCCUCUCAUCAGAGUAAUGAUCAUUUUCUUCUCAUUUGCACAUACACCUUCGGCUUAAGAAUCAACCCCGCUACAUCAAGCACCAUUGAAAUUCAAUUAUCAUCCAGAUCUGCCAGUCCUGCUAAACAGUUGGAGGGGGCUAUUGAUACAUUCAAUCUUGAUUUAAGCCCAUACUAGGAGAUAAAUAUCUAUUACUUGGACAAAUCAUCCGACCAACUUCCAAAAGAGUCUGUAACAUAGCAGUACGUUUUAUUUUGGAGAUUGUAUUGUUGACUUUCAAUAAAAGAUCCUCCAUUCCCCUUGGCUUGCGUGCAGAUAUAAAUACCGCCAGUUAUUUACGGGCGAAACAUGCAUAUGACUCUGUCUUGACGUCGGGUCCCGACGGAGCUUGGGGAAUAGAGAGCGUGGUAGAUGCUGCGCAAGUAUGCCACCAUUACAAACUAAUUCAGUCCUAAUUCACCGUCCCUGCUCGCCUUUACCGUGGAGCACACGGUGGACGUCGCCAAAGUGGACGGACAAACUAUCAGAAGCAAUGACUACGCGAAGAAUGCGGUGUCGAGUUCCCUCAACGACCAACACACAUAGGCAGUUCACGAUGAUUCCCCAUUUACCCACAGCCUCUCAUCAGAGUAAUGAUCAUUUUCUUCUCAUUUGCACAUACACCUUCGGCUCAAGAAUCAACCCCGCUACAUCAAGCACCAUUGCAAUUUAAUUAUCAUCCAGAUCUGCCAGUCCUGCUAAACAUUCAAUCUUGAUUUAAGCCCAUUUUAGGAGAUAAAUGUCUAUUACUUGGACAAAUCAUCCGACCAACUUCCAAAAGAGUCUGUAACAUAGCAGUACGUUUUAUUUUGGUGAUUGUAUUGUUGACUUUCAAUAAAAGAUCCUCCAUUCCCCUUGGCUUGCGUACAGAUAUAAAUACCGCCAGUCAUUUACGGGCGAAACAUGCAUAUGACUACUGUGGUAGCAUACCCGACCUCAGCUUUCGGAUUUACUCUGGAUACAUAGCAAAAGUAGUCUUCCUUAUGAACUACUGGUCGUUGAUGCGAGGAAAAGCUGCCGGAGAUAGGAGGAAAAGUACACCGGAUCGGGUUAAAAGACUCCCUUGACAGUGGAAGCAUGGAUAUUAUCAUUGAAGAUGCUAUUGGUAAAUUGUCUCAUAGUUGUAAAAUAUAGAACUGCGCCAGUAGCUAGAAUAAAAUACACGAUACCAGCAGAAGACGAGAAUAAACAAGGACAUGUCAUUAAGUGGGUAUAUACAUCUCUAGUAAUGCGGACAAACUGACAGAAAUGUAAGGAGUAAAAGGCAGAGUACGUGCAGUAGAAGUUGUAAGAAUGAAAACUAAUGUGGUUUUUCAGGUAAGAAAAGUAGAUGAAUCCUCGUUUGGAGUGCAGCCAGUUCCAGGACAAAUGCAUUGGCAAUAAUUAAGUAUAUGUGCGGGUUAAGAAGAUCGAAACUGGUAGGCCGGGUCCUACGGGAAUGGUAGUGAUGGAGGUUACAUGAGUGGGGCCUCACAACGGGUAAUGGCAGGGGAGGGAUUGAAAUUGAAAAAAGUUAUAAAACUGAAAUAAAGCUUUGUCUAUGGUGCAAUAGGCAAUGAAAAUACUCGCGUAAUUCAAAAGAACAAUUAAAACCAUUAGUAAAAAGUAAAAUAGUAAGGAAACUGAAUAAGUCCUCAUUGGUUAAUUUACGGAGGGUCAGAGCCUAAGGUAGUUCGUAACCAAUAGGGAUUAAGUGCUGUGAGUAACAGGUGGUGUCGGGCAAAGUGGAAAGUAACGACAGAUUCAUCCGCGUACGAGGUAAUAUGUAAAUGCGAAGCGGGGAAAGAGGAGGAAUACAGCAAAUGCAAGAUUAUAAUGAAAGAUAAAAGUACUGUACCAGCGUCCUGUAUCAUUAACAGACGCAUGCAUUCCUUCUACCAGUUUAUCGAGUAUUUUUUACGACUUCACUUCUCCCCUUGCCGAAGGUUUUUUAAAUAGGCUUUUAAGGGCUUAUUGCUAUUUGCGAGUAAUGGGGUGCUUUUUUGUUUGAUAUGGAGCAAAGUGCAGCAUGAGUGAUUAAAAAUGGUAAUGAUCAAAAAUGGAAGAAAAUAUGCGCAUCAGAGGUGCUUGUUUAAAAGAAGACGAAGACAUAAUCACUGGGACGGUAAAUUUAUUGGCCUUAGCUCACGAACUCGAACUGGAGUGCAUAAUCAGAGACUGCUGGAGUGCAGCAACGUGUGAACAUUUAUAUCGUUGAGCUGUGAUGGGGGGACUACGCCCGAGACUGGGUCUGAUUUGUGCUGUCUGGCCUACAAUGGUCCUCGGAGUGGUGACGCCGUUUGUACUUCGCGGCGGUUUGAGCUGCGUCAUCUGGCUGCGUGGGCGAAGUGCGUGAUAGCAAGCAGGCAAAUCAAUGUGUCUAUUGACAGAGUUGGUGUCCGACACCCACACCUCCAACAGUUCUCGCCCCGUCUUGUUGCCGGCUCGCGCCAAUAUCCGCGUGCUGGCGAAGUCGAACUCAUGGCCUUCCUUCAGCGUGUUAGUGGUGACUUGAGAUAGUGGGUCGCCUCUCCGAACGGCCCGUUUGUGCUCAAGUAUUCGUGAGCUGAUACGUCGUCCUGUUUGGCCUGUGUAGUAGCAAGGACAGUUAUGGCACGGGAUUUGAUAGACUACGGCCGACUGCUCACCUGCGUCCGGCCGAUCCUUCAUUUUCAUGAUUCUGCUACGCAUGGUAGCCGCCGGAUGAUGAGUGAUGCCCACCUGUUAUGGACAUUCUGCAUUAUCCAAGGGCAUGAAUAUUCGCUCAAAUCUGAAGACUUCUUGGAAUUGACGACCAUGAGUCACCUGCGCGGUCAUGCGUACAAAGUCAAGCGGGAGCGUACACGCCUAGACCAUCAGAAUUUUCCUUCGGACAGCGUGUUGUUCGACCGUGAAACUCAUUCCCAAAUGAACUGGUGACAUCUGAUGCAAUCGCUGUAUCCAAAAGGCAGCUGAAUCGUUUGAUCUUUGAUAAACGACGACUCUCACUGCAGGACCAUCUGCGAUCAGCCAUAAAUUUCCUUUCUUGAAUUCAUCCCUAUGUUACACAUCCCUGAUGUUUAAUGAAAUUUUGCCUCUCAAACUACACAAAUAAUUGCACUUUACACUGAUUGUAUAUAAUUACACUUAAAAUUUCAUGUGUACUUUGAAAAGACCGCCUGCCGCACCCGCAGUCCCGCAAAGUAAAACGUUAUCCGUGAACAAAUAUGUUACUGGCAAACUUUUAGUAAGAUGUGCAUUUAACAUUUAACGUCUGUGCGGAUGUUUGUGUUUCUGGUCUCAGCUGCUGGUCAGGGUUGUGAUUGGCUGAAUAAAGGCCAAAUAAGCCCGAAACAGUACCGUAACCGCAUUCUCUGUCGUCCCUCCUCGCUGCUAUAUGUACAUAUUUAAAUGCGUGAGGAUUUGAGGUCCUGAUAUUUAAUUGCUGGAAGAGCUAAUAAAGACUCUAAUGAUCACCUCUGACUGAAUUCCAGCAAUUAAUCAAAAAGCUCAAAACCACCGGUAGCGAAAUUUAGGGUUCAAGCCUUACAUAAUCCUGAAAGCACGACGUCAUCUGCGAUUCCGAUGCUCCUAUCAAGUCCGGCUACAGUAGCUCCCGGAAAAUGGACCGUCGGCAUUCCGCACAGCAAUCAGCCAUGUUCGUAAAUUUACUGUUGUAUGCCAAUAAACAUUCCAGAUAAUGAAGGCGAAAUUUCGAGUUCCAGGUGUAUACAUAUUUGAAGAAGAAGAAGAAGAAUCGAGCACCGGAACAAUUCGUUUAUUAUCCUGAGCUUUCAGAGACUUGAAGAGGCGUACGAUGAGACCCAGAAUGCCCUCAAAAUUGAACACCUCAUGAGGCUGUUUGAAUUCUGCCAACAAACUUUCUUCACUUUUGCGGGAGAGACCUAUGAACAAAUCAAGGGAACCCCAAUGGGCUCACCGGUCUCCGGUUUGGUGGCAGAACUGGUCCUACAGGAGUUGGAAAAGAUUGCCUUCCUCCAACAUGAACCGGUGUUUUGGCGACGUUACGUUGACGACACGUUCGUCAUCGUAAAGAAGGACAUGCUGCAACAUUUUCACAGCCUGCUCAACGCAGUCUUCCCGGAUAUAAAAUUCACGAGAGAAGAAGAACAGGAGCAGCAGUUGCCCUUCCUGGAUGUGCUCGUCAGACGAAACCCUAACGGUGAACUUGAAACGACGGUUUAUAGGAAGGCAACGAACACCACACAGCUUCUCAGUUUUCACAGCAACCAUCCGGUGGCUCACAAACGAAGCUGUGUGAAGACGCUCUUCAAAAGGAUCCAAACUCAUUGCAGCAAACUGGAAGACAGAGCGCGUGAGGCCCGUUACCUCCGCGACCAGUUUGUGCAAAAUGGCUAUCCGAGGGCAUUCAUAAGUCGCUGCCUACGCGGUCGCCACCAGAGAACUCAAACAUCAACGCCACCGACGAUAUGGCAUGCUCUGCCAUACAUCAAGGGUGUUUCAGAAGCGACCGAGCGCAUUGCUGCGGAGCUAGGGGUUGGAAUCGCACACCGCCCCAAAGCCACCAUGCGCAACAGGGUCAUGAAGAUCAAAGACUGGUUAAAACCUGAAGGGCAAUCUGGAGUAGUGUAUCGCAUUCCGUGUCAAAAUUGUCCUUGUAAUUACACAGGACAGACUGGACGCAUGCUCGGAUCGCGCAUACAUGAACAUAAGCUGGCUGUGCGGCGAGGCGACGCAUUGUCACAAGUGGCUGCCCACACCUACGAAAUGGGUCACGAGUUUGACUUCGCAGCCACCAAAAUAGUCGCCCACGCCGGAAACAAAACAGGCCGAGAAUUGAUUGAAGCCUGGGCCUCGGAUGAGAACUCGGUCAAUCGAUUUAUCGAUCUGGCGCCGGCGUACAGAGCCCUUCGUAGUCACCUCCAGUCGUGCGACGUCGGUCGAUGA